AUGGUGAAGACAUUCAAAUCUCGAGUGUUUUUCUUAACAGUUUACAUUAAAGAAGCACAUGCAUGUGAUGAGUGGAAGUUGGGAGACAAUAUUUGCAUUCAACAACACAAAUCCAUUGAGGAACGAUUGGAUGCCACUAAACUCAUGAUGAAGGGUUUGAAUUAUCAUAUUCCUACUGUUGUGGACGGAAUUGAGAAUUCCUUUGAAAAGAUGUUUGCUGUCUGGCCUGAGCGUUACAUUUUAUUGGAAAAUAAUGAUGCCAAAUUGUUGCAUGUGAGCAAUCCUGAAGCGUAUGGACAUAAUCCUCAAACAUUCUGUCGAGUGUUGAUGGAUUGUGAGCUUACUAAAGUUGCUCCCAAUACUAUGGAAUAA